UCAUACUAUUUUUUUUGCAGAAGCUCUCUUGCAAAGCAGACCACUACCUCACAUACCUAGCCUCCCAGAGUCUGAUCCACCGGGAAGUCACAAUGCCAAUACUCUUAGCUCCGGUCUGGGCACCCUAUCGAGCUCGUCAACGUCUGGAGCACCCUCCACGCCGAUUUCCUUCGAGACCGCCAAUCGAUGGACGUCCAAAGAAAAUCUCUUAGCCCAGGAAGAGGACGAUCCCCAGCUGUUCGUCGCUUUGUACGACUUCCAAGCUGGAGGUGAAAACCAACUUAGUCUUAAGAAAGGCGAACAAGUUAGAAUAUUAAGUUAUAACAAAAGCGGUGAAUGGUGUGAAGCGCAUUCUUCAAGCAAUCAAGUAGGUUGGGUACCAUCAAAUUACGUUACUCCUGUGAAUUCUCUUGAAAAACAUUCCUGGUAUCAUGGACCAAUAUCCAGAAAUGCGGCUGAAUAUCUACUUAGUUCCGGAAUCAACGGUAGUUUUUUAGUACGGGAAUCCGAAAGCAGUCCAGGCCAAAGAAGCAUCUCACUCAGGUACGAAGGUCGUGUCUAUCACUAUCGAAUAAACGAAGAUGCCGAAGGUAAAGUCUUCGUCACAGCUGAAAGCAAGUUCAAUACGUUAGCCGAACUUGUCCAUCAUCAUUCCAUGAACUCCGAUGGGCUCAUUACUCAACUUUUGUAUCCAGCGCCUAAACAUAAUAAACCGACUGUAUUUCCUCUUAGUCCCGAACCUGACGAAUGGGAAAUUAAUAGGACAGAUAUCGUUAUGAAGCAUAAGCUUGGAGGAGGGCAAUACGGUGAUGUCUACGAAGCUAUGUGGAAAAGGUAUAAUAUGACAGUGGCUGUAAAAACGCUUAAAGAAGACACGAUGGCCUUAAAAGAUUUCCUAGAAGAAGCGGCCAUUAUGAAGGAAAUGAAACAUCCAAAUUUAGUGCAACUAAUGGGAGUCUGCACGAGAGAACCGCCAUUUUAUAUCAUCACCGAAUUCAUGAGCAAAGGAAAUCUUUUAGAUUAUUUAAGAAACGGAAACAAAGAACAAAUAAACGCUGUCGUACUUAUGUAUAUCGCCACACAAAUUGCCAGCGGCAUGAAUUAUUUGGAAAGUCGAUGUUUUAUUCACAGGGAUUUAGCGGCAAGAAAUUGUCUGGUGGGUGAAAACCAUUUGGUUAAGGUUGCCGACUUUGGUCUUGCAAGGCUGAUGCGAGACGAUACUUACACUGCUCACGCUGGUGCAAAAUUUCCGAUAAAAUGGACAGCGCCCGAGGGACUCGCUUAUAACAAAUUUUCCACCAAGUCUGAUGUAUGGGCUUUCGGUAUCCUACUUUGGGAAAUCGCAACUUACGGAAUGUCUCCAUAUCCCGGCGUUGAUCUCACGGACGUCUAUCACAUGCUGGAGAAGGGUUAUCGAAUGGAGUGUCCACCUGGCUGUCCUCCGAAGAUCUAUGAAUUGAUGAGGCAGUGUUGGCAGUGGCAUGCCAAUGAUAGGCCUACUUUUAAAGAGAUUCAUCAUGCUUUGGAGAACAUGUUCCAGGAAUCGAGCAUUACUGAAGAGGUGGAAAAACAGUUGCAAUUCAAUGAUUCUCCUUCAAUUCCGUUGGGAACUCCACAUAUGGCUUUCAAAAAGUCGCAUUCCGGGAGUACUGGAAACAUUCAUGGUCUUGUUGGUUUAACUGAACCAAAUGAUAACCUCAAUAAUACUUCAACAAAACUGUCUACUUUCACGGGUGGAUCGAAAACGAAUGUUCAGAUGAGGCGAUCAACGAAUAAAAAGGGGAUGCCAGCACCAGCACCUCCAAAACGUACAAGCUUGCUGUCUUCUUGCAGUUCUUUCCGGGACAGCACGUUUGAUGAUCAAGGACAAAUUGAUAAUACAGGAGAGGACGGGACUGAUUUAAAUGGACUGACAAGAGAGCUUCAAACGUUGACGGCAAGUACAAAAUGUGAUAGCGAGAGUGAUCUCCAAGACCAAACUCCUGAUACGGACGAUUCAGGUGCACAUUCUUAUCCAGAAAUAUCUACUACAAGUAGUUUUACGCCCGGUACGGGUUCCUUUAAACGAGCUCCCAUCAUGGGUAACAAAGGAUUGGAGCAGCGCGGAAAGAAAACUAAAUCCAAAGAACCGAUGGUUCAAGUAGCAGCUCUAGAAGUUCAAAAUGUUCGUAAAGCCAUAAGCAGGUAUGGUACACUCCCCAAAGGAGCACGAAUCGGUGCCUACUUAGAAUCGUUACGUCAGAACAACAUGUCGUCAAACGAUGACGCCAUUCAAGCUGUUAAUCCAGCUAUAGACCAAUCGGAAACUACUCCCAGAUCACUAUCACCAAGAACUAAUAUCCGAACGCAGCCCCAAAUGAUCAGAAGCAAUUCUUCAGGAGGUGUUACAACGUUUCAUGCAACUCAUCCACCAAGUUCACCAACCUCAAGUAAACUAACAAGAAACAGAAAUGUGGCCAGAAAUAAUAGUGCAGAUGUUAGAAGUAGUCUUAGGAGUUUUAAGGCUUCUCAGAAUAGUACUUUCCGAGGAGGAAGUCCUUCAAGAUCUAUUCAACCAACAUUGGCUGACUUGGAGUUUCCACCGCCUCCGACAGAUUUACCUCCUCCUCCAGAGGAAUUUGAUGGUAUCGACCAAGUAGACUGUAGUACCUCGAUAAUGACCUCAUCCCAAGAACUCCGCAAACGAAUCAUCCCUAUCUCUCCCCUAACAACUAAAAAGAUUUCUCGAGAACCCAAGGAACCACAGCUCUCUGAACCUUCAGAGACUAGCGACGUCAGCACUCUCCAACCUUCCGUUGAAGAAGCCAGUUCGCGAUUCGGCGUCAGUUUGAAAAAGAGAGAUAUGGAUAAGGAUGUCAAAGAAGAUAGUGGGAAAGAGGGUAAAGAAAAAAGUCCUCAGAGAGCGAGUCUUAGCCUCACUAGUCCUAGUCAAGAUGGUAAAAGCCCCAUUAGUGGGGAUUCUGAUGUUCCUGCUGUUGGUUCUCCAUUGGAACCCUUGCCUCCCCCGCCAAAUAUUGGUGAAAGUGAUGUCGCUGUAGAUACGCCAGAAGACAAUAAAACUUCCAAAGUAUUCAGAAAUAAAUUAGUAAUGAAAGAGAUGGAACUGAAAUUAGUAGCCGAGAUAAAAGAAAGUCAAAAUUUAAAGAGCAAAAAUCUGAAAGAAUCUCCCAUAGAACCAUAUUUGGCUGUGAGUGGCAUAAGCCAUGACCCUGUAGCUCAGUUAGUGACCGAACUCUCCCAAUCUCUCAACAUAGAAAAAGAUUUAGAUAAAAACGUAGCUAGAAAAAAUUCUCAAGGAAAUUUAACAACGAAUAACGGAGUAACCUUUGUGUCCCAGCUCAAGAAAGUAGAUCCUAAAAAGCCAACAACCAAAGAAAAGCCCGAGAAAGAUGGAUCUGUAAUCAUCGAUUUCAAAUCGAGACUCAGAAAAGUAGAAAAUGAUAGGAAGUCUGACGAAAGAAACGAGGACAACGAAACGGAAACUAAUAAAAGAGAAAGCACAGCUAGUUCAGAUAGUGGUAACUUAAAAUUGGAUGAUAACGAUGAUAAGAGGAAGAGUACUGGUAGUAUUAGUAGCCUAAAGAAGCUUUGGGAGCCUAGAGAUAGUUCAGAUCCUGGAGGAAACAUCCAGCUAAGUCCAAAAUUGUCAAUUAAAAACCACAAAAGUGAUGACAUACUGGAAGGUUCACCCGUGGAAACCUCAGAUGAUUCAGUGAAAUUAGAAAAAGCUGGUAAAGGUGAUAAGAAAUCAACUUGGCCACCUGCGAAUGAAGAUAAACCACUUAUUCCUACCAAGCCACCUGUUAAAGCAGUUAAGCCAAUUUUAAGUCGGCCUGCAGGUUCGGCGAUUUAUGCUACGCCCAUUGCAACUAAUACCAAUUCUUCAAAACCUCCCAUUAUGGCCAAACCGACUAAUAUUGAGAACAAAACCCCAGAAGAAGACACGAAAUUGUCUUCUACGGAUAAAAGCGGAAAGGACAGUAUCUUGGAAAUAUCUCAGGCUUUGGAGACGACCUUAAACAGCAUUAAAUUGAACUCUGCAGUGUCGACUGCGACGUGGUUGCAACUCUCUGACAAAAUAGGCAUGCUACAUGGUUCCUGCAUGGAUUACGCCGAUAACGUGGUUCCUGCUCACACUAAGUUUCAGUUUAGGGAAUUAUUAACGAGAUUAGAGAGUCAAGCGCGGCAACUUAGAUCGGCUGGCUCUCGAAAUACCUCCGAAAAUACCCGAUGUCUUAACGAAGUGAACAACACCAUCAAAGACGUCGUAAACGUGGUGUUUCGAUAGAAGCGAAUGCGAUUUCGGG